ACACCUAAAAUUUUAGAAUGUUCUAAGAAAGAUUCUAAAAUUUCAGGUGUUCCUUCCAUGGGACAUUAAAAAGAAGCAGACGUUUGCCUGGAACGACUGAAGUAAAAUAAAAAAAAGUAAAACAAGUACCUGAUCGCCAGUCGCAACCCCCUUACCUUUCCGAUUUGCCGACAUCGUUCCUUGUAGCCGGUUGCAACCCUUGGUGGUGACAGAAUUGUGGUGGCUUUGCUUGGUCGUGACGGAGUUGUGGUGGUUUGCUUGGUGGUGGUGGUUUGAUUGGUGGUGGUUGUGGAUGAAAUUGCUAAGGUGAAAAGAGAGAAAGAUUGAAGAGUUAUUUAAGAAAAGGUUAAUAAGGAAUGUUCAUAUAAAGAUAUGGCGUUACCCGGUAAAUACCGGGCGUGAUUUAGUACCCAACACGAGGGUAUUAUCGUCCUUUUCAAAUAUGUAUAGUACGUUAAUACCUCAAUACUAGUACCAGUGAAUGGAAAUAUUACUAACUCAGAAAAAAAGGAAAAAAAAAAGAGAAGACGAAAGAGGAAGAAGAGGCGCUGAGAAUUUGAACUUGUGUAAAAAAAAAAUCAGAGGGAGAAGCAAAUUUCAAUCAAUUUCCCUCCAAACUUUCAACACUCAACGACUAUCAAUCAUCCCCAAUUUCUUCAGAUUUCAUGCCUUCAAUUCGUUAGGCAGCAACAAUGGCGGCAGCAACUUCAUCGCCAGUUCUCAGCAAUAAUGGGUCUGAAACGAGUGGUAAUAACGGCAUCUCUACUCCGCCGCCGCCGUCAGCGACACCGCCAGCCGCCGUGAAAAGUCCCGGACUUCCGACGAUUACGUUGCAAAGACCCGACCCGCCCAAGAAUCUUCGGGGUCUCAACAAACCUAAGUGUAUUAAGUGUGGUAAUGUCGCUAGGUCUAGGUGUCCUUACCAGUCUUGUAAAAGUUGCUGUUCUAAAGCCCAGAAUCCUUGUCAUAUACAUGUUUUGAAGCCAAAUUCAACUCUAGCGGAUAGGGGAGGAGCUUCUCCAAACUCCACUAUACCUGAGCAGCAGCCUAAUGAAGCAGCAGCUCCCGGGCCUCAGUCGAAAGCAACUUCACUUCGACAGCUUUCUAGCACUUUCUCACAAUUCAACAAUGUGCAUAUUCCAGUCCGGUCAAGGAAACCACCAACUAGAAAGGAGGCGUUGAUUACAAAUGAAUGGAGAUUUGCCAAGUUAAAAGAAUAUAAGGAGGGAAACAUUGAAGCAGAAAAUGUAGCUUUUAAUAGAUACAUGCAGAAUAUCAGUUUACUAAAAGAGGUAUUCAAUGUUAAUUCUGAGAGGCCAGAUGAGAAUGGCUCCAUGGUGUCAAAUCCUCCCACGACUUCUGGUGAGAGAAUGGAGAUUAUUUCAGAGACCAAGGUAAUGCUUAGAUCCAAUCCUGUAAGAAUUGAUGCGUUCAGGAAGAGGAUUCGGCAGACAAUAGAUCAGGGAUUAGAAAAGCUACAGAAGUGUAAUUCAAUUGAUGUUCCUAGCAACUUAGACAAUGAAGAUGAUCCAGCCCCAAAAGUAGCUAAAAAUUGGUGGUCUGAAAAGACCUCGCCCUUGACUGAAUUGAACUAUAAGUUGGAUAAAGCUCGAAAUGAGGAGGAUUUGAAGCACUGUAUCAAGAUGAAGUCCAAAAUUACAGGUCAACAAAAAUUAAGCUCGGGAAAGAAAACCAAGAAUUUUGAGGUAUUGGAGGAGCAGACCAUCCAGAACAAUUUGCCUUCAGCACAAGAAUCUGAUGUUUCUUUAAAACUGGUGAGAACUACUGAAAUUGAUCAGGAUGCUUUGAAUCGCAUGGAUUCUCGUUUUUCAUCCCUAGAGGAAAUAGAAGAUUUAUAAUUUUUGAACUCUCCUUAUCUCAUUAGAGGGUUGUGGAUUAUCUAACAGUUGAUGUAAUCUUGUUAUGAUCUUCAAGAGUAUAAAUUGUUAUAAUUCAGCUUUA